AUGGGCGAAGUCUUCCCCUCUGAGGAGAGGACAGAGCCCUUCACGGCCGAGGAGAUGGAGCUCCGGCUGAGCGAGUCCAUUCGCGUCGAGGACCUCGAGGACCUGCACGACGACCAGGUGCCACUCGAUAGUCUUGUUGUCGAGGAGGACCACCACAAAAAGGGCAUUCGCAUCCUCGUAAGGCCGCUCACCCGCAGCCGCUCCGUCAGCCCAGGCAACGACAACUGCCAGUGGCUCGCCCUCCGCGCAGAGGUCGCAGACCCCAAGCAGCCAAAGUCGACCGUCCUCGCCGUCACUCAGACGUCCAAGGACAUCAACUUCUCUAUUCGCAUUCCUGGCGAUGCUGACGACGAGCAUCGGCCACCGUUAUGGUGUGAGCUGUACUACGACCCGGCCAGCGACAGCCUGAUUCUUUUGAACAAGUCUGAUGUGCCCAUCGUCCUGGCCCGGCGGUCGCAGCUUGAAGCGGGCUCCCCGUCGUUUGGCCAGGAGAUUGUGCCCAUGACCACAAAGGAGCUGCUGCCUGGCACAUGGAGAAUCACUGUGGCGAGCAAGCCAAUCCUCGACUUUAGGAUCCUCGAGAAACGGCCCGCAACCCUUCGCAUCCCCCGUGACGAUUCGGACUUGUCAUCCUUUGUGACCACCUCUCAAGUGCUCAACUCGUCCGUGAAGCGGUCGUUCUCCGAGGACGACCUGGGCCAAGCGAAUGCCUCGAUUGAAAAGAGGCUGCGCAUGAACGACAGCCUGGUCGAUGAAGAGACUGGGCAGGAGGACAAGGACGGCGUCAUCAUCUUCCUGGGACCCCGGGACGAGUCCCUCGUGUUCCCACUACCACACGCCGCCAAGACCAAGGAGGUCGCCAUCCCACACGGGCACGCCCUCCUGGAGAUCCAAAAGGACGACACCGUGUCGAUCCCCGGCGGGUGCGAGCUGGACCAGUACCAGCUGACCAAGCGCAACCAGAUUGCCACGACGGCAGCGUCGUCGGUCUUCACCGCCGACUACUCGCACGCACCCGAGGGCGUCAUCACCGUCAAGGUGCUCAAGACGCGCAACCCCAGCGCGGCGCCGCACGACGCCCACCGCAACGUGAUCCGGCAGGCGGACAUCUGGAUGCGGGAGUACCAGAGCCAGGAGGACCUGCAGCACGAGUCGAUUGUCAAGCUCUACGGCGGGGAUGCGCGGUACCUGUCGCUAUACAUGGAGCACGUGGACGGCAAGGACCUGGCCGCGCGCAACGUCUGGCGCGACGCCCGGUCGGACCUGUUUGUCGGCGGCCGGGCCGACGCGCUGCGCAUCCUGCGCGACAUUUCGAGCGCGCUGCACUACGUGCACCUCAAGAACAAGAUCCACAACGACAUCAAACCCGCCAACAUCCUGUAUUCCAAGGACCGGGGCGCGGUCCUGUGCGACUUUGGCCUCUCCACGCGCAAGACUGACCCGGCGACCAACGGCGGCACCCCGUACUACGUGCCCCCCGAGUUCAUCGGGCAGAAGCUGCGCGGGCCCGCGUCCGACGUGUGGGCGUUGGGGGUCACGAUGCUCUACGUGUUGCGCAAGAUCCCCUUCCCCGACGCGCGCGGCCGCCAGGGCCACCCGCGGCAGCUGUACUGGAUGAUUGCCGACCUGAACCGCAAGUCGGUCCACUCUCACCACGCGCGGGGCCAGCCGUCGGCCAUCUCGCAGAUGCAGCAGUGGCUCAUCGAGGUCAAGGACGCCAAGGCCCGGCUAGACCCGCGGGACAAGGUUGAGGGCCUGGUCGCGCAGAUGCUCACGCCCAACCCCAACCAGCGCAUCACCAUGGCCAAGGUCAUCGUGGAGCUGUUCCCAGCUGACGAGCUUGCUAAUGCUAAUGCGGCGGCGACAUCAUCGCGGAGUCCAAGAGCGAGCAGGGCCCGGCUGGCCGUGGGAUCGACUUCGUCUGCGUCGAGCUCCAUGAGCGCAACGAGCAAUCGUCCACGUAGCAUGCCUGGGCUGCGACAGCCAGCACCGCCGACCACGACAACAGCAACGACCGCAUUGACUGUGACACAGUCACAUCGGCGGAUCACAAACACUGCUGGACCCAGCUGA